AAAGAUAAUGAAAGUGAAAGGGUAUUGUCACACAUAGGCUAGAUAGGUUAACCUACACGACAUAUUGUUCUGCAGUCCCUAUACGUUUUCUUCAAGCAUGGAUAAAUUGAGAAAGAUAAAGACAGUUCUGACAGACAUCUUGUCAGUGGAAGCCAGUUUCAUCAUUCAGCAUGUACACCAGGCGGGCCUGGUGACUCCACGCGAAUACAGGAACCUGAACAAUAGCAGUAAAUUAAAUCCAGAAGAGUCCAUCAUCAGUCUGCUGGAUGCACUCAUAUUCAAAGGAGGAGAUGAGAAAUGCACUAAAUUCCUGACCCUGUUGCAGCAGCCAGACAUCAGAUUAAACUUCCGCAAACUGGAAGAAAUCAAACACAUCGACAUAGCUCCGGCACCCAGUAGCCCAGCACCCCCAGACGCUGUCCCAACCUCUGCCUCCUCCACAGUCCACACCCAUCGCCCAACCACAUCAGGUUCAAACAUUCCAACUACUCCUGUGAAAAAGAAAAACCGGAGAAGUACCACUGCGUGUGGAACCAUCAAAGACGUUUCUGAGGUGAAGAAGGGGCAGACGGGGGGGAAAUACUUCCAAGCUGUUCUAAACCAAGAGGAUGGGCCCAUGGUCAUUCUCAUUUUGGCUCUAGAGAAACGAAAUAUCUUUCUAGGAGCAGAGAAGAGAAGGUCUUCUGUAAAGUUGAAGAGUAUCUCAUUCGAGAAACUUGGAAUUAACAAGUACCAAGAGGGGAUAAAGUUCACAAACAAAUCCGAAUUGACUUACACAAGAGUCAAAAACACUACAAAGAUGGAACCCACUGCUGAUGAAAAAGAAUAAACACAUUUAAAAAAAAAACUAGAAUGAAAUUUUAAGGGUGACCUACUGACCAGACCAGAGGCAAUUCAUUAACUACCUAGCCUACAUUAUGUAAAUACAGUGCCCUCAGAAAGUAUUCACACCUCUUAACUUUUUCCACAUUUAGUUGUAUUACAAGGUGGGAUUAAAAUUGAUUUGUCAUUUUUUGUCAGUGACGUUCACACAAUCCUCUGUAGUGUCAAAGUGGAAGAAAAAUUCUAACUUUUGUAUAAAAAAAAAAUACAUGAAAAAUACAACAUUAAUAUAUCUUGAUUGCAUAAGUAUUCAACCCCCUGAAUCAAUACAUGUUAAUAACUUCUGGCAGCAAUUACAGCUGUGAGUUUCUGGGUAAAUCUCUUAAGAGCUUUGCACACCUGGAUUAUACAAUAUUUGCACGUUAUUCUUAUUUUAAUUCUUCAAGCUCUGUCAAGUAGGUUGUUGAUCAUUGUUAGACAGCCAUUUUCAUGUCUUGCCAUAGGUUUUAAGCCAAUUUA